GUGGCCCCGGCCGGGCGGCGGGAGCCCUGACCGCUGUCGGCGCCGGAGGACCCGGGGGAGAGCACGCGGCUCGCACGCUCGCUCCCGGGCUACCCUGAGCCUCAGCUCCCUCCGUGCCCGCCUAGGCUCCCCCCGAGCCCCGCCCCUCAUCGCCAUGUACGAUCGUGCUCCCCGCUGGCUCAGGUUGGCCAAUGGUGGCAGCACUGAGGAGCACGUGGGGCCUGGGUCCUACCAGGUACCGUUCCCUAAGCCGCGGGCCACAGGUGGCUAUGCACCAUUUCUUUCUCUGAGUUCCAGAAAAACUGCUGAUGUGGUUGCCUCUGACACUGAAAAAGAUGCUCCAGGCCCAGCAGACUACUGUAUAUCACAAGCACAGUAUAAAAUAAAAGGAGGCCGUAGUCUGCAAAACCGAGAGAAACGAUUUAAGAAGCUUACUUCAGAUGGUCCAGGACCUGCAAGCUACGUUCGACCUUAUCCUGGGACUUUGUACACCACGAGCAGACAGAAAAUUUCUAGAACACCUGCAGUUUCCAGGAGCAUUGAUAUUCCUUCAAUUCCCUCUGCUGGAAAGUCACACGGCUAUCAUCUCAAUGACGAUGACAGUAUCAGGAAGCGCACACCACCUGCCAGUGAUGACACAAUAGGCCCAGCGUACUACAAGCCGCAGUUUGAUUAUCCUAAAUCGACUUUGAAAUACAAAGGUGUACAUUUUGGCAAUGCUACAGGAAGACAAGAAUUGUUCAAACAUUCAGGUCCUGGUCCUGGACAGUAUGAUAUCAUCCAGAAAAGGAGAGUGCAUUAUGAAAAUAUUAACAUCAAGAAAGAGCAACAAGAAAUUCCUUGUAUAUUUUCCCCACGGUUUUAUGAACAAAUAAUAUUGCAGGAGGAAAAAAAGGGAAUACCAGGACCUGGAAAGUAUGAAAUUAAAAGUCAGUUUGAGAAGACACAGCAUAUUACAGCAAAUGUAAAUGAAACAUCUUCCGUUUUCCUUUCUGAAUCCGAGAGAUUUGCAUCUAUCAAAUCAAGUACCCCAGCUCCUGGCACAUAUAAUGAAACACGAACUGCUUUUAAGUGCUCAAAGAAAAGAUCAGGACAGAAUUCUCCAUUUGGGCAAAGUGCUGCCCGCUUCACAGAGUACUACAAGGCACAGGAAAUGCCAGGCCCUGGUUCUUAUGAUAUUCCAAGUAACACUGUAAUUGUCAAGGUUCAAAACACCUGCUUGAAGAAACCACAGAAAACUGCAUUUGGUUCUUCUGUCCCUCGAACGUUGAUCUCAGAUCAGAAAGAAGUUUCCAGUGGUCCAGCACCUUGUGAUUACCAGAUGGUUGGUGGAAUUCUUGAUGAAUUACCCAACUUGAUUAACAAUGAUGCUGCUGUGUUGUCAAGAACAGAAAGACUUCCAGUAGUGCCAGAUACGAUGAUGCCAGCUCCAGGCAGCUAUGAUGUUCAGAAAUCGUAUGAUAUGUCUCAAGUUAAGCACAACUACAUGCCACCUCGUAGUUCAGUGGCUAAAAAAAAGCAUUCUUCAUUCUUGAGUGCAACUCCUCGGUGUCUGGGGAAAAUCGAUGAUGGGCCAGGACCUGCAACAUACAAUCCUGUUUUAUUGAAGUCUUCUGCCAUAAUCUCAUUUUGUAAAGGAUCAAAGCGUUUUGGACAUUUUCGCCAAGAGUUUUCUCCUGGUCCAACGACAUACGAGCUCAGUCCAUUUUUAAGACAUUCUGUUCUGAAGAGAACAUACAAUGUCACUCUACCAUAUUCAUCCUCUAAGAGAGAAAAUACCUGUCCUUCAGGUCAGAAAGCCAGACAGAAACAUCGAAGAGACAGAGUGCUGUAUUCUAACUGAUGUAACACAAAGGUAACAUCUUUCAACAGACGGGUAAGCUGACAGUCUCCUCACAGAGACGUUCUUCCUACGUUAUGAUGUCAUCCGUCAACUGCUUAAAGAACAGCUUCCAUUCUAACCUCUAGUCCAGAACCAUUUGUUGCUGUAACACAUUUAAUUCUUUUCCCUCAUUGCAUUCUUUCUGAACACAUAAUGUUGAUGCCUCCACAGGACAUAAAUAAAGACGACUGAGCAAAGCUUUUCUUUUCAACUUUAGAAUCUCUCUCUAACUAGAAAAUGUGUUGACGUUCUGAACACCAACAUGUAAAACAAAACAAUGCUGUUACUGUGUGCUGGCUAGCUACCUGGUUGAUUUUCUUAUGCUUUGUGUCUCUGAAAUU